AUGCUCGCCGAUGUCCUGGGCCGCCUGCCGCCCAGCAGCCUAGCGGCGUCACGCUGCGUCCGCAAGCACUGGUGCUCCAUCAUCGACGCCCGGCGCCUCCUCCGCGCCGACCUCCUCCCUCUCCGCCUCGACGCCUUCUUCUGCACCUCCCUCGACCACAUCGACCGGAUGACCUAUUUCUUCGCACGCCCCUCGACGGCGCGCCGAAUCCGCCUCGACCUCAUACAUGAACGCUACUACGAUCGGGAAGUGGAUGAUCACUGCAAUGGUCUGCUCUUGGUGUGUGGGUGUUACAUGGUGGUCAACCCUGCCACACGGCAAUGGGCUAACUUGCCUACCUCCCCGGAACCAUCCAUUGGCGACAUGCUUGGUGGGGUCAGGGUCUGGGCCGGGACGACGACGGAUCAGGAUCAGGAUGAGGAGAACGACGACCACCACUUGUUGUAUCCACGCUUUCACCUUGUGUACGAUCCCAUGGCGGAGUCGCCGCAGCACUUCGAGGUAUUUCUUAUCCCCUUCCUUGACCAUGGUCUGGGCAAUCGGGAAAACAUCACCAUCGACAUUGAGGAGCAAGAAUGGCCGCCAUCGACAUUGAGAAUCCACGUCUUCUCGUCGAGGAGAUGGAGGUGGGAGGAGAGGUCCUGGGUCCGCCAGGGGGAGCCUGCCGGGACCAUGGCCGAUAUGCUGCAAUCCGAUUGCUGGGACCACAAGGCCGUAUAUUUCCGGGGAGCACUCUAUGUGCAUUGUCAAAAUGAUUCUAUCAUGAGGAUAGCCUUGUCCAAUGACAAGUACCAAAUGAUGAAAUCUCCAGCAACAUGCGGCAAACUUGGUGGGGGUACCGAUGCUACCUUUCAUUUGGGAAAAUCAGAGAAAGGGACUAACAUCAGCCUUCCACCGCUGCUUGCAAAUAGACGCCCUCUUGUUCACAGCGGCUUUGCUGAUGAUGAAUGGAGGGUCAUCCGUGACUAUAAUAACAAGGAGGAAGUACCACCUGCUGCUGCACAUGGCGACGACGAGUUUGCUGCUGCUGAUGAUGAAUGGGACUUUGACAAUGCUGACAUUGUCCUCGAUGAAGCCAAAGAUGAAGCAGACGGGCACUACUACCCUGUUGAUUUCCUCGGAUUUCAUCCUUACAAAGAGAUUGUCUUCUUUUGCGUACCAUCUGGGACAAUAUCUUAUAAUUUGAAUACCUCAAAGUUUCAACAGUUGGGCGGACGUAUAAAUAUACCAGUGGCCGGCAUGAGUUCCUGUUUCCCAUACACGCCAUGCUGGAUACGGGGAUUAUUUGAAAACAGUUGA